UAUUAUUUAAAAAAAAAGGAUUUUUUAAAAUAUCAUUUUUUUAAAAUAAUUAUAUUUAGAAACACUUUUUAUUAUUUUAUUUAUUUUUGUAUUUGAAAUCCAUCGUCUCUCCCUCUCUAAAACCCUUCCCCUUCUCUCUUUUCUCUCCCCACCAAAUCCAUCAUCUCUUCUCUCUAAAACCCUAAUUUCCGAAAUAUCCGUGCCGUUUCCGGAGAACCGCCGCCGGCAUAUUGCAGUUCGGCGACCGAAGUCAGUGGAAGGAUUCUCGACUCCUGAUACCAUAGCCUUAGUCUACCUACUUGGGGUCCGGUCCAGGCUCAGCCCAUUAUCAUCUGUAUUAGAGUUCAGUACGUUCGCAGCACAAGAAGCCGGUGUCUCUAUUUACACAGAAGCAUUCAAUCAUUUCUUUUCCCAACGCUGCGUUUCGAUCUCUGAAUUCGAGGAUGGUGGGUCUAUCUGUUGGUGAGAAGCAUUUCAUACAGGGUGGCAUUGCUCAAGACCUUCGUACUGAUGGUCGAAGAAGGUUAACAUAUCGACCUUUCAAUGUAGAAACUGGAGUCAUCCCACAGGCUAAUGGAUCAGCAAGAGUCAGGUUGGGUGGAACUGAUGUUAUUGCCAGUGUGAAGGCUGAGCUUGGAAAACCAAGCCCAUCACAACCUGACAAGGGAAAGGUCAAUAUAUAUGUGGAUUGCAGUCCCACGGCUGCACCAAUGUUUGAGGGCAGAGGAGGGGAGGAAUUGUCAACAGAACUUUCAGGUGCUCUUCAGCAUUGUCUCCUUGGUGGUAAAAGUGGAGCAGGGGCUGGAAUUGAUCUCUCAUCUCUGGUAGUUGUGGAAGGAAAGGUUUGUUGGGAUCUCUAUAUUGAUGGCCUUGUGGUUAGUUCUGAUGGAAAUCUGCUGGAUGCCUUAGGUGCUGCCAUUAAGGCUGCUCUGACCAACACGGGCAUCCCAAAAGUCGAAGUUGCCGUUGGUGCAUCUGGGGAUGGCCUACCAGAGGUUGAUAUAAGUGAUGAUGAAUAUUUACAGUUUGACACCUCUGGGGUCCCUGUCAUAGUUACCUUAACAAAGGUUGGUAGGCAUUAUAUUGUAGAUGCAACUUUAGAAGAGGAAUCCCAAAUGAGCUCAGCAGUUUCUGUUUCAGUGAGCGGGCAAGGCCGCAUAUGUGGGCUGAUCAAACGAGGGGGUGCAGGUCUAGAUCCAAGCGUUAUACUUGAUAUGAUAUCUGUGGCAAAACAUGUAAGUGAACAACUUAUGAAUAAAUUGGAUUCUGAGAUAUCUGCUGCAGAAGCCUUUGAAGAAGAGUCAUGACUACCUUGGAACUCCUGAUAUCACUCAACCUAGCUCUAUACAAAACUGUAGUUGGAUGCAGUAUUUGUUGUACACUAACAAACUAACCGAAUUACUAAGUAGCAUUCUGUAUUCUUAUUUACAAAGUUCACAUUUUUCUUAGCACAUGAAUGGGAAUAUGCAUGCAGGUUUUUUUUUGUUUGAAGAA